GACCUAGCGGUACGCGUUGUUUCGCAUCCUCGCUCUCUCGCUCUCUUGUCUACGCGUCUUCAUUGUUUGUGGGCGUCGUAGAUAUAUUGAGAGAGAAAGAGAGAACAAAAAAAGUAUCUCCGAUUCCUCUAUCGAAUCCAGAAGUGUGCUAUGGCUGCUGCAACCGCUUCUUCUGCAGUCCGUUACGCACCUGAGGAUCAUUCUCUUCCGAAGCCUUGGAAGGGCCUUGUGGAUGAUCGUACUGGCUACUUGUACUUUUGGAAUCCUGAGACCAACGUUACUCAGUAUGACAGACCUGCCACCUCCUCCAAGCUCUCUCUUAGCUCCUCCGUUCAGGUUCAACAUCCAAAUGGUGCUACUGCCAGUGGUAGCUAUCUCCCUCCCAAGGAUGAUGUUGUUGAUGAUGUUCAGUACCGUAGAGGCACUGACGUUGGACCUCCUAAGGUUCACUCUGGCUCCAGGUUUACUGAGGUUGCCAGGAGUGGAGCUCCCUAUUCGAAUGCCUCUUCAAGAGGUCCUCCUCCUUCGUCUAACGAUAUUUCCCCCGACGCCUAUUGCCUCCGUCAUGAAAUUACUGUCAGUGGGGGCCAAGUACCACCACCUCUAAUGUCCUUUGAAACUACUGGUUUUCCUCCUCAGCUUCUGCGUGAGGUACUCAGUGCAGGUUUCUCUGCUCCAACUCCAAUUCAAGCUCAGUCCUGGCCUAUUGCGAUGCAAGGUAGGGACAUAGUUGCCAUUGCUAAAACUGGCUCGGGAAAAACUUUGGGUUACUUGAUUCCUGGCUUCAUGCAUCUUCAACGCAUCCGGAAUAAUUCGCGAAUGGGCCCAACAAUCUUGGUAUUGUCUCCAACCAGGGAGCUGGCCACACAAAUCCAAGACGAAGCUGUUAAAUUUGGGAGGUCUUCAAGAAUUUCGUCUACUUGCUUGUAUGGUGGUGCAUCAAAAGGUCCUCAGCUGAGGGAUUUAGAAAGAGGAGCAGAUAUCGUGGUUGCCACUCCUGGACGAUUGAACGACAUCCUUGAGAUGAGGAGAAUUAGUCUGCGCCAAGUAUCUUAUCUUGUGCUAGAUGAGGCUGAUAGAAUGUUGGACAUGGGUUUCGAACCGCAGAUAAGGAAGAUUGUGAAAGAGAUUCCCACUAAGCGUCAAACCCUUAUGUACACAGCUACAUGGCCAAAGGGAGUCAGGAAAAUUGCAGCUGACUUGCUUGUUAACCCUGCCCAGGUCAACAUUGGCAAUGUCGACGAACUUGUGGCUAACAAGGCGAUCACACAGCACAUUGAAGUGGUAGCACCGAUGGAGAAACAGAGGAGGUUAGAGCAGAUAUUGAGGUCUCAGGAACCAGGGUCAAAGGUUAUAAUAUUCUGCUCAACCAAAAGAAUGUGUGACCAACUAACUCGCAAUAUAACCCGACAAUUUGGAGCUGCUGCUAUACAUGGAGACAAGUCCCAGCCUGAGAGAGACAAUGUUCUGAAUCAAUUCCGCAGUGGCAGGACUCCGGUUCUUGUUGCAACUGAUGUUGCUGCUCGUGGACUGGACGUUAAGGACAUUAGGGCGGUCAUAAACUAUGAUUUCCCCAAUGGAGUGGAAGACUAUGUUCAUAGAAUCGGAAGAACAGGAAGAGCUGGAGCGACUGGUCAGGCAUUCACAUUCUUUGGCGAUCAAGACUCGAAGCAUGCUUCGGAUCUGAUAAAGAUCUUGGAAGGAGCAGAUCAGAGAGUUCCUCCUCAGAUCCGCGAAAUGGCUGCACGUGGUGGUGGGAUGAACAAAUUCAGCCGUUGGGGUCCUCCUGGAGGUCGUGGUGGUCGUGGCAGUGGCUCUGGUUAUGGUGGCAGAGUUAGCUUCGGUUCACGUGACAGUGGAAUGGGAAGCAGAAGCAGUAAUGGAUGGGCAAGAGAUCGUGAUAGGAGUCGUAGCCCGGAGAGAUUCAACAGAGUUCCACCACCGUCUUCCAAUGGAUCUCCUCCUCGCAGCUUCCACUAGGCCAUGUUGAAACACACAUAUAAAGAGCAAACAAACUCGAGCCUACUGCCCAAAUGAAGGUGUUAUUGGGAGAAUAUUUCUUACAUCAAAUGACACAUUAUAUUAUUUUUUUUGGCCGAUGAUGUUAAACUAGAAUUGUCUGUUUUCUUAUGUAUUUCCUUAUGUGUUAUACUCCGACUUCCGCAGAUUUGAUACUCAGAAAUUGUUGUUUAGAUAUGGGAUACUUAUUUUAGCUUUUUGAUUCA